GAGUCGAUGUUGUUGUUCUGACAAGUGAUUGACAGUUGCAACAGGCCGAACUCAGCACAGCGUCUCAUAAUGUCACAUUGAUCGAGGCUAGCGAGGGGCCAACGCCGCGUGAUUCACGACUUUUCGUCGUAGAAGAAGAUCGAUUGGAGGCGCUUGCGACUCGUCGGAGGCUCGACCGCGAAUUUCCCCUUCCUUGUUGUGGGCAGUUAAUACGCGAGGCGCACCCCGAGCUGAAGACUCAAACCGGAGGCACGGUCUGACGAGGAGUGCACUUGUUUGUCGACGUCCUGGAUAGACAUUGUGUUAGACUCGAAAGGAGAGCAGUGAUUGAAGAGAAGCUAAUUAUUGCCUUAAAAUAGCGCUCGGAUCUUGAUUUUCUCUUUCGACACUCUUCGACAAGUUGAGUUUAUCUGUUGAAGCAACAGUUGUCCAGUCGUAACGACUUUUUCAAGCAAAGUUGACAUUACCGGAAAGAAGCAGUUUUGUCUUUUAUCCUUGCUCUGAAAUUUACGAGUUGGUCACAUGCUCAGAGAAGUGAUAAGGACUCAACAUAAUCGUAAAGCAGCACAAGAGCAAGUCGGCAGAUAACAGCUACCGGUGGUGGUAGACCAGGUCGUGCCACCGUGUUUACGGCGAGCGGUUUCUAGCACGACUUGUGUCAUUGAUGGCAGUGGUGGUGGUUUAUUGGUAGUGCUGGUGGUGGUGAAACGGCGACGGCGGCGGCGGCGGCAGCGGCAGUGAUGUUGAGGAGCUUGUAAUCCGGGGUUAUUGCGCUCCGUCGCUUCGCGCCUCCAUGAAGACUCCAUAAAGCUCUCCGAGUUUCCCGCGGAAGACUGCAAACUGGUGGUCAAUCGUGGAUACGUGGGGAUGUUAUGUGAUCAGGUUACUCGGUCAAAGGAUGCGUGUCCCAAGCACCACGAGGACACUCUGCACGCAUGGCUGAGUCUUGACGAAGUGAUCAGUAAUGAAGAAGAUGCGCGGUUGAAGACCGAAAAUCCGGAAGAGGAAGACGAGAAAGAGCGUGAGGAACGGGGUUCAGGGAUGUCUACGGCGUCAGGCAAUAAACUGCAGACUCUAUGGGAUCACUUCAUUCACGCCAAACCUCAAAGUUACGAGAAAUCAUCUUGGCUGGAUAUAUUUUUAGCAGAAUUGCUCGCGCAGAUUAAGGAAGGCAAAGACGUGAAAGAUGUUCUGUCCUUUUGUGCGGUUGGCGGUGGCGGCGUGUCGACCCUCGUGGCCUGCGAAUUGCUCUCGGACGUGCACGAGUUAUGCGGAAAGAGAAACGACGGCAGCGAGCUGCUCGGUCUGCGAAAGUAUUUGGUCCAUGAUCGCGGUUGGCGUUGUCUGGCGGUGCUGCAUCUACUGGGUGUACGCGGUUUGUCUUGCGGUCGCGAGCUGGUCGCGCUGCUGGUUGCUCUCUAUCCCGUUGCGCUGCAAGAAGGAACGAACGCUAAGACCGGCUUGUCCGCCACGUCGCAAAAGUCCGACGUCGCGGAGCCGUCGAUACGCAAUCAAUACAUAAAAUUUCAUUGUAACGACGAUACUAUCGACACAUUGGACAUCGCGCUGCACACGAAACGCAAGAGCGCCAAGGAUUCCGGCCACAGGGGUUUCUCUCAUGAGAACGAUGCGCUUUCGCGCAAGAGAUCCAAUCACAAACAAGUUGUCAGUGCUACAAAACUUCGUCAAUCGACCAGUUACAAGCAGAAGAGAUCAUCGAUCUUGGAAACGCGGCGCAACACACCUGAAGAUGCUACAAGCAGCGAGUCCGAGCCAUUGACGGACGAUGUCGAUCCGGUGCGUUCUCUCACCCUAAAGAUCCGCCUGAAUCCGAUGGAUUUCGAAUACUUUACGUCAGUCGUCAGAAGCGACGAGGAACAGAAGUGGAAGGCCGAGCUAUAUGAGCUACCGCCUCGUCCUGUGAGAAAAACGCAGCGCGACUAUGUCGACGAGAGGAUUCAAGACGUGCUGGACGCCAAGAUCAGCAACUUCGAGAUUAGUCUACUGAUCAUACAGCUGCUGCAAGGCUUACGCGACUAUGACACACCCGCUGAGCAAACGCCGGCCGUGCAGGUUUUGAAAUUCGCAGUGGACACACUGUGGUCGCUGCAAUUUGGCAUUGACGACAACAACUUGAACGGUACGGAAUGCGCCACUCUGAAGGCGGCAGCCGCCAGAUUGAUGUUGACGGCUUUGGAGCGUGCUUUGAGAGCCGACGAACCUACCACGGCUGUCAUUCACAAUGGUUUGCUGCCGAUGACUCUCAGAUUGCUGGAGGACGCCUGCAGCAAGCCGGUGAACGUUUUGGGACCGGAAGAAGGUUCGCUUCUGCAGGAAUUUAUUUUCGCUACCAUCUACGGGAUCGUCACAUUUCUCUACUGCCUGUUGCACCAGCGUGGCGGCAAUGUCGACAAGCUGUCGGAUUUCCUCGAGCUGUUCCGACUCUUCAUCGAGAGCCAGGACGGCAAGCUCGUCGAGAGAACGGUGCUCGCCAUCAUCGAUCUACCCAGUGCCGAUUCAACGAAAUCGAUAGUGCGCGCCAAGAAGAUAAUCGACAUGAUAGGCGCGCUGACCAGCGGCUUGAAGCGCGUCCGCCGGGAUCUCGCGCACGCCGCGCAAUGCCACAGGACCAAGCACAAAUCUUGCAUCGACAACGUUCAGAGUCAUCAUCACUCGGAUGUGCUCGGAACACCGUAUUCCGUCGAUGCAGCCAAUAAACAAAUGUGUUGUAUUUCCUCGUUAUUCGCGAUGCUCACUAGUUUACUGAAGGAGUCUCAUCUAUUUACAAGCGAGCUGCGGAUAAGACUGAUCAGAAUCACGACUGCCGCGGGUACGUGCUGCUGCUUUCCGCCGAAGAUACUCGUCUCGAGUAUCAUCGCCUUCCUCAAGAAACGCGAUUCCUCGACCUACGCGUCAGCUGUGGCGUUCUUGGAGCGCACUCUUUUCAGGGAAUUGGGCGCUUACUCGACGACGGACGCGUGUGAUACCUGUGACUGGCCGGCGAAUCACUCGUGGGAAUUUCUGAAGGUAUACGUCAGUCUGUUGUGCCCGAGUGAUCCGAAACUCUGUUAUAUUGUGAUGGCGCACUUACUGAAGGUCACGUCUGGUUCCCGGUUUUACGUAAGAGAGCAACUUCUUCUCAAAGUCUUCUAUCCAACCUUUCUGCGUGCCAAAGAGAGUUACAUGACUGAUAAUGACAACGUAACGGCGAAGUUUCUUUUGCAGUCCUGCAUGUCCGUUAUGUCGUGUUUAAUCGUAAACGCGCAGAUGUGCGAGAAAUUUAUGGAUAUAAACGGACUGCACGAGAUAUUGCCUCUCAUGACGGAUGCAGCAUUUACAAGAAGUGUUUAUGCUCUUCUAGAAGUCACCGUGACCGUUGAGAUCUGGAAGAUAUAUUGCGAGGAGUCCGGCAAUUCAGAGAGCACCGAAGCGCCGGCGACAAAGUCUCUCUUCGAAUCUCUCGAUAGAGAGACGAACGAUUUGUUAAAUAAUUUACAAUAUUCUGAGAAAUCAGAAAUGAGGAGGAAAACGGAGCAGCAGAGCGAGAAGAAUAUAAUCAUCGCGCGUUCUGACAAUCAAGAAACUCAACUGUUUCCUGUUGAUGAUUUAAAAGCAGAAAUCGACGAGACAGCGAUUGAAAGUCUCAAUGACACAACAAUUCUACCACGAUUGCCUGAUAGCGAUACUCAUCGUGAACAUUCCGAGAACAAGACUGAUACGGUAGUAACUUCGGAUUCGAGAAAUAAUUCGUCCGAGAAGCUUCAUACUCUUAUAGAGCAAAAUACGAAAGUGUGUGUCGAUGCGGACGCAUUGUUCAAGAAAUUUAGCCUGCAUCAGGCUAGCGCAGCGUGGAGGGCUGCCGCGGGCGUAGCGCUCUGCAGUCCGAGAUUCCGCGCUGAAUUAUCUGCACAUCCAGUGUCCAGGAAAUCAUUGCAUUUGUUCAAGGUGUUAGCUGUAGGCAUUGCCACGGACAGUAUUGAAGAUACUAGUAAAUCGGCGCAUAAGCUCUUCGAGGCCCUGAUUACAUGUUGUCUGACGUCUCCCUUGUAUGAUUGUGACGUAGUCAUGGAAUUGGGAAAAACACUGAUGAAUACCGGGAUAACGCUUGGUCGUGGAAUAGCUGUGAUAGUGGAUGCGAUGUUGAAGGUCUCUAUGUUGAAGCCGGCGCAGGAAAAUAGUAUACCGCAACAGCCGCGUCCCAGAUUACCAACUAUGACGUUGGAGGCUCCGUUGGAUUACGGCGCGGACGAUAGCAGUACCGGCGAAUACGUGACUGCUGACGAUGGAUACGAAGCGGACAAUGAGGUACCUGGAAGAAGUCCCAACAGUAGCGUCUUCAAAAGAAGCAGUCCUCUCGGGCCUGUAGUAGAGCCGAGAGGUCACGCUAAUGCGCAUCCCGCUUUAUGUUCCUUGGCAAUAGAUCUUUUAAUUCACUUCAGUGAACAAGGUUUAAAUUUAGAGAGAGCAUCGAUAAUAACUGGUGGAUUGCGAAGGGUCGCUGUCACUUGUCGAGAAAGUACCUCGAGUUGCGCUGCUCUCGCUGCUUCCGGAAUUAUUACGAAAAUAUUGAACGGCUUCAAAAACGUACUCACCAACGAUGAUCCACGAUAUCGAGAUUUGCAAAAUGCGGCGCUGGAAGUAUUUACAUUGUUGGCGACGCAGUCAAUCUCAUCUAAGGAGCUAGUCAUGUAUCUAUCUUUCUUUAAAGCAGAAAAACCACCGCUGCUACCAUUACUGGAGCCGUUGUAUCAUCUGGUACUGGCAGCCCGGCCUCAACCAUAUUUUAUCCUCUCAUUUCCCAUGCAGGGCGACAUGAAAGCGUCGCCGAAGUUGCAGACAGAAGAACACAAGAAUCUAGAGAAGGUCGAGAAUCUCGUGAAUAAUUUCAAGAAGAAGCAUCUUGCUGCGGGAAUAUGCAGUCCGUGGUCUGUGCACGCAACUUGUCUGCCUAUUGGACCAGAGCUUGCCUGGCCAGUGUGGUUGCAUGGCUGUUCCAUUUCUAUGUGGCUAAGGGUAGAGAGAGGAUUGCCAAUUGGCGGUCGUGCGACAACCUACAACACUUCGCCGUUGCUCGACUCAGACAGCGAAAGUUUAUCCGACUGGGGUAUUCUUUCGGACAAUUGGAGCCGGGAAGUUGUAGCUGGUUCCAUGUCGCCACCCACACCAACAUCGAUAAUACAUUUAAUGUCUGUCGGCUCCGAAUCGCUAGUUUUGGAAAUGUGGCUUGACCUCAGAUCAGAUAAAUUAAUUUUGCGACUCACCCGCCCGGACGAUAAGACGAAUCGAACGAUCUCCGAAACUUCGAUAAACAGUAUGCUUCCUUCGGGACGUUGGCAUCACUUGACGUUAAAUUUUAAAGAUACUGUCUUGAACAAGCGCAGCGCUGUGGUGGAAGUCACGUUGUGGGUGGACGGUUGGAGAGAAAUCAAUGCUCAAUUGCCAUUUGACGGUUUAUUGGUGAGGAAGCCUGGCACUACAUGUAUUUUGCUAGGUCAAAUCGGGUCGAGCAGCAUUGGCGCAUGGUACCUCGGAAAUUUAAUGGUUUUUAGAUGUCCGGUAUUUACGAAGGAGCGUGCGUUGUAUCUAGCAAGUCUCGGACCAAAUUACACCAAUCUGGCAGAUUGUAUCUUAAACACGGUUAAACCUGAUUUUGCACCCCUUAUUGCGUCUGGCGCGCUAAAUGGCGUUCGCGAAGUAAAGUAUGAAGGAGGUAAAUUUGAUUUAAGCCGACGGAAAUCUUACGGCGGCACUUAUUUGAGACACGCCGUCGAGACAGUGGUGUCAGAAUCGAAAAUCGACUGGGACACUGUCAUGGAUGCCACAAAUUCGCAUCUUGGUGAACUGCAAGAUAAUCUACUUCUCAGCUACGAAGCUCAAAAUCCAAAUGUCGUACAUUUAUAUCCUCAAGCCAUCGCUAAUCCUGCUGCUGUUGUGAGAAAUAUCUUGGCUCCGGGUCAACCGGGUUUUAGAGUUGUCUCGGCUCCGGAACACAGAGUAUCACAGCAACCGCCUCUGUCGAUAUCCCCAAUCGUAUCUUUCCGUUUAGAGAGCCAGCAAUAUCGUGGACUUGUACCUGCAGCAAUUCUAGUAGGCGGCGUACCGGUGUUUUUAUAUCUUUUCGCGAGGGUGGUUGAAUUAAAUUCUACCGAGGAAGAGCAAGCCCUGGCCCUUUCCACAAUUCUACAUCUUGUUCGUAGCGAUUCAGAACUUUUGAAUCAAUACCGAUCCGACGGCGGGACGUCACUGGUUCUGCGUGUUCUAAAGUCCUCCAGGUGUCACACGGGUAGGCACAUUCUGAAGGCGGUAUUAGAUGCGUCAUGCGACAGCUCGAUCAUCAUCAAAGACAUCGGUGGCGGUAAUCCCUCAAUCUCCCAAAAUUGCGAGGCAGUUAUCACUGAUCCGGAAUUGAUCAAGGGAGCACUUACCGCGUGGAGAGCGUGGGCGAAACGCGAUACGUUGAAUUUGCUGCUGCAAGCAUUGUUACUUUUACUGAGAGAUCAGCAUUCACAGCGCGAAUUUAAUGCAUCUCAAUUGAACAGAGUCGGUAUCGUGGAUACGAUUCUUACCUUGUGCAAGGAACACUUCAUGUACGAAAUUCACGAAGAAAUGAGCGCUGUGUUGGAUUCGAGUACCGGAACUGCCAUUGUAGAACUCAUACGUGCCUUGAUGGGUGCACCACCCGAAUUUGCUCACUUGGUUGCCAUCACUGACUAUUUAGUCCUCGUUCAUCAAGCCUCGGAAACUUACGUCACUCAUUCGCGGCACAAUAUCUAUUUUAUGUUACCGCAACUCAGGGAGAAAAAGACGAGCGAUAAUGUAGCCAUUAUUUCCUCCGACGACUCGACAGGCAUGAUGGAAAGUAGCAAGCUGAAUAAGGCAUUGACGAAUGAACAGAUUCAGAAAACUCGAAGUCCCAAAAAGAAAGACCGUAAAAGUGCGCCGUUGACAGAUAAUACUAGUAACGAAGAUUCCGGAAUUGCAGCUAGUGACGGAUCCAAUGCUCAGAGCAAUGGAACACAAUCAACGUGCGCGAAUGAAAGAAGAGCUUGCCAAGGCUUAGUCUGCGAGGGACUUUUAUUGCUACUGAGGGACGCAGUAAGAGUUUUACCGGAUUGUCAAGUUGGAUCAGUACUGAAGCACGUUUUAAGAGCCGAACUGUUAUUAGUUUUAGCCAAUGAUCCCGAUACUCGAGUUCGAACGGCAUUGAUCAAGGUGGUACAAACCUAUCUACACCGUGCUAGCGAUGAGGAAGUUAAUAAAUUUAUAAAACAAAAGUAUUUCAUGCAUCUAGGAAAUCAGAUAGCUUUAUAUCCCGGAAGCGAACCGCUGGUUGUUGCUUUAGAAAACUUAGCCUUGCGAGGUCCAACUCUGGCGGCAAUGCCGCCGUUAAUGGCGAUGAUGGCAAAAGCCGCAAGCUCUGAUCCAAACGUUGCCAGGCCAAUAAUAUCGUUUGUAACUGACGUGAUAGCAAAGAAUAUAAAUGCACUAAAGAUACUUCUAGAGCAAGGUUUAAUCGAAUCAUUGGCGCAAGCUUUGAUCGGUGCUGCGCAUAAAGGUAACUCGAUGUCCCUUCAUCGAGAUAUUCAUGUAUUGCUCGUGGCAAUCGCCACCAAGCUUCUCGAAUUGCCAGGCAGUCAUCAGAUGCAGGCGGUAUUAGAUCUGCACGUGAUACUCGAUUACGUGGAACUAUCGGAGAAGUUGCAAUGUCGCGCGAGUUCGAUUUGCGCGGCCAUAAGAGAUGCGCAAGUUGCAUUAUUUGACGGAGAAUUGGACGUGCUUACGACUAAAAUGUCAAAUUCUUCCGGAUUUCGUCUACGCAGUACGGCUUCUUAUCUGGCUUCGGCUUCUUACUUUACUUCAGUUCUCACAACGUCCAGUGAUCAGAGUGAUCAUGGAUCUCGUUCAUCUAGCUAUACAAGCUUACAUACGAGCUCGUCCUCAGCACUGCGCGAACCUGGCAAAGGAGAACUGAACGAUCGUUUUCGUAUCAUCGUGACACGUGCGGUUGAAUUUAUAACGACGAUUGAUGUGUCGCCAUCAGUCAACGAAUUGCAGUUAACGAAGAGAUUGUUCUCUAUUCUUCUGCACGGUCUAUGCAGUCCAUUGGAGAGGAAAAAUCACUGGAGCAGCGCGUGGUCAGUCAGACCAGCUUUGAGAAAGUAUACGGCCAGAAUUAUGAUCUGGCUGUUGGAACCACAUCAGAGUAUCAAUACGAGAGUGUACGCCAUCAGAUCUCUAAUGGAAGAAGCGAGAGCCCGCGAAAUCCUAUCAUGCAUUUUAGAAGUUCAUCCACAGAUGGAGCAAAAGUUCACUGUAUUCUUCUGGGACUUGUUGCAAAAACGGGACGAGAUGCCGAGCGCCGAUGCCAGAAUAUGUGUGGAGCUAAGAGAAGCCUUGAGUGUGUGGAAUCUCGCAAAAGGAAUAGAACAAGCAAGUCCUGAAGUGUGGAACGACGAAUUAGCUUUGUUACGUCGAGAUCUGCUUCUAGAUCGAGAUAUUUGUAUCGACAAUUAUCCCGCAGUUCUAAGAAUCGGUAAGAGAUUCGAUGCAUUGGCGAAGCAGUUAAUCGAAAGCGCCAUGACUAUAACGCGAUCAGUUGUGGAGGAACAAAAUCGUGAGCGAAAGGUGUUGAUGGAACAGCUGAAACACACCCGGGCGUUAGAAGCUCAAGCAGUAGCCAGAUGGAGGGAUAUAGCCAAACGAUUAACACACGAACGGGCGCCCUGGCACUUUCCCGAAAACUACCCGAGAAGUUGGGAAUUAGAUCCAACCGAAGGUCCUGCGAGAAUCAGAAUGAGACUUCAGAGAUGUCACUUGAGUAUUGAUAAAAGAUUCUUUUUGCCUGAACAUCAGGAUAAACUAGCAUCUUCCAAUAUCGAAGCACCGUUAUCGUAUUUAUUUACGAACGCUCGCGAAGACACCAAUACUGCGGCUUUGAUCGAACGGUUACACACGAGCGAGAAAAUACGCAAGAUGUCUCAGGCGAAAGUUGUCACACCUGGUGCCGAAUUAGCCGGAGAAGUUCUUAUUGGCGAGACGUGUGUGUAUUUCGUUCCGGAUAACCCCGAUGUGCCAUUACAUACAGACAUAGCAUUGGGUGGUUUCGAUUUGGCUAUGGCCGGCGGUACUGCUUGGCGUCUCGAGGAUAUUCGCGAAUUACAUAGAAGAAGAUAUCAACUACAAGAGAGAGCCAUCGAGAUUUUUCUCAUUACGGGCAGAACAUACUUGUUGGCCUUCAAUUCGUCCAAGGAAAGGGACGAAUUUGCGACGGAGCUGUCCACUUGCAACUUACCCAGGCGAAUCCCAGGUGAUGACUUGGGAGAGGCUCUAGCCUUGUGGAGGAGCGGCGCGCUCACUAAUUGGGAAUACAUAACUUGCUUGAAUAAACUGGCGGGCCGUUCGUAUAACGACUUGAUGCAGUAUCCCGUGUUUCCGUUCGUUUUGGCGGACUACAUCAGCGAGAAGAUUGAUCUGAAUAAUCCAAAAAUUUAUCGAAAUUUUAAACGACCGAUGGCUGUCCAAGAUAAAAAGAAUGAGCAGCAUUACAUAAAUAAUUAUAAUUACUUGAAGCAAACUUUAACAGAAGGAUUGAACCUAAUUGCCUUAAAUCAAAGACCAUUUCAUUAUGGAUCUCAUUAUAGUAAUUCUGGAACUGUGUUACACUUCUUGGUACGACUUCCACCAUUCACUAGCAUGUUCCUGUGUUAUCAAGACAAUAAUUUUGAUCUCCCUGACCGAACGUUUCAUGCGUUAGCUACCACAUGGAGAUUAACUAGUUGCGAUUCAACAACAGAUGUGAAGGAAUUAAUACCGGAAUUUUUUUAUUUACCUGAAUUUUUAUUAAAUUUUGAAGGAUUCAACUUUGGUGUUCGACAAGAUGGUAACAAAGUUGGAAAUGUAGAAUUACCGAAAUGGUGCAGCGGCGACGCGCGUUUAUUUAUAUUGGCACACAGAGCCGCGCUAGAGUCGGAUAUUGUGAGGGAAGUAUUGCCGUAUUGGAUCGAUCUGGUCUUUGGCUUCAGACAAACAGGAAGACCAGCGGUAGAAGCUAUAAAUGUUUUUCAUCCCGCUACAUAUUACGGAUUCGAUGUAGAGCAGAUAGCUGAUCCCUUGGAGCGUCAGGCUUGGGAAACUAUGGUGCGAACUUACGGUCAAACGCCUGCACAGUUGUUCAGAGCGGCUCAUCCGUUGAUUCAAAAUCUCGGCAAUAUUACACUUUCUAAUCAGACACCGCAAGUUAUCGAAGGAAUCAGUGGUAUAAAAUGGGGAAAUUACGUGGGCGCACCCGGCAAUGAACCUGUAUUAUGUUGGAAGCUGAAACAUAAAACUCCACUAGCUUUUCUAGUUCCUCUGGCAACUGGCGACGUUUUUGGUUUGCCUAAUUACACCACACUUCUUUUGGGAUAUACCAAAGAGAAAGGUAGCAGUAUGUUAAGCGGCAUGUCUGUAUUGGGCGCCGCGUUAGCGUCAUGGAGCGGAACAGAUGGAAUUGCUAGAUUAAAAUGUAAGAAAGAACAACCACCAAGGCCUUUAAUUAAAUCCUCAGGCCUUGAUCCCAUUACGAUAAUGAGAUCUGCUCCCGACUGCGGACAACUUUGGAUUGGACAUUUAUCAGGCAGAAUCACAGUACAUACGUACACUAUCGGAGCUACGGGCAAAAUCGAUUUCAAUCCAGUAUCUGCAACGGUGCUUCUAGCUCACAGAAGCCGAGUGACAGUGAUAUCUCUAUCACGUGCGUUUAGCAUUGCCUGUUCCGGCGAUGGCAGUGGCGUCAUUGUUAUAUGGGAUUUGAAUAGCUUAACGUACGUGAGAUCGAUAGUCUGUGAUCAAGAGUAUGCUAUACAUCUUCUGUGUAUCAGCGAAACACUCGGGGAUAUAGCAGUUACUUACGAGAUUCCUAGAUCAGGUCAGAACACCGAUCAAUCCGAACUGAGAGUCUACACUAUAAACGCGACGGCUGUGGGUUCCGUUUUAUCCAGAAGACGUAUAACGGCGCUUUGCUACAGUAACGCGCCAGAAGGUGUUUCUGUUAAUGUUAUUGCAACUGGAUUAGACAAUGGAAUAAUAAGAUUAUGGAGCAGUUGGGACUUGCAGUUGGUUAGAGAAUUUUCGAAUUUGAUGAAGAAUUGUGGUGCAAUAAUCGCUGUGGCAUGGUCCCUGGAUCAGCAUCAUUUAUACGCGGUGACGGAAGAUUCCACUGCCUUUAUAUGGGAGGGAUCUAAGUGUCUUAACAAUGGUACACCAAAGUUUGUCAACUUAACAUCUUUCUGAUUUAUAGAAUUGUUAUCCGAACAGUUUAAUACUGACACGACGUAAUGGGUUAUGAAAUAUGAAAGUAACUUAUACACAUAAAGAGAAAACGAGAAAACAUGGAUUCAUAAAAAUUGAUGUUAUUUUAUGUUAUUCUUUAUAUUGCAU